AAAAAAGAAUCCAACUUAGAUCUACUUUGAUUCAUCGGAUACCAACAACCACCCCACUGUUGCAAUCUUCCCUAGGCUUUCUGCUGAAGCAAAGUUGAAUUGACACCAUCACCAUCCUCUUCCUGAUCAUCUACAAUCAAUCCAAAAGAGCUUGUUAUAAACAGUAAUGAAGCUCAUUUCCCUAGUGAUGACGAGGAGAUGGGCGAGAAGGGGAGGUGGUUUUCAGCGAUCAAAAGAGCCUUCACUGCAAGCUCCAAGGAGGAGGCUCCUGAUCCUCCUCGAGGCCGGACAGUGACGAAGAAAAGAUGGGGUUUUGGGAUGUCGAAGCACGGCCAGAUCAGUACCUUCAUUCAUGGAGAACCGAGCAGCAUUGAGAAGAUACUCGAAGAUGCAGAAAGUGAAUGCCGCCGUCGGAGAGUUCAGACAACGAUCGAGCUCGACCAUGCUCGCGUUUCAGCAAUCAAGAUUCAAGCGGCGUACAGAGGUUACAGGGCGAGGCGGAGGUACAAGGCGCUGAGGGGGAUGAUGAGGCUUCAGAGGACGGUGAGGGGGCAGGAGGUGAAGCGGCAGAUGGCCAACACCAUGCGCCACAUGCAGAGGCUCGUCCGGGCGCAAUCGCAGGUGCAGGCGUGGAGGUCGCGCAUGGCGGAGACCAGACGCCUUCAGCUUCUCCGCCACGCGGAAAGAAACCUUCCUCGCCAAGAGGAAGCAGUGGGCGGCCAUGGCGGAUGGGACGACAGCUUGCUGGCGAAAGAGCAGCUGGAGGCGAGGAUGCGUAGGAAGGUGGAGGCUGUCGCGAAGAGGGAAAGAGCGCUGGCCUACGCUUACUCCCCCCAUCUGUUGGAGGCGACUCACGAAUCGGCCGAGGCCAUGCUGACUGGGGCGGCGCCGCGGUGGUGGACGUGGCUUGAGCGGCAAGCACCGCCCUCCGAGCCACCGGCGGCGGGCCACUCGCGGCCGAAGCAGGCGGAGGCGGACGCGGACGCGGCCAGCCUCACGAGUUGCCCACCCUUCGCCGCCCCGAACUACAUGACUCCGACUGCGUCAGCCAAGGCCAAGGCGAGGGCGGCCCCGAACCCGCAGCAGGAGCCCAGGAAGAAGAGGUUCUCGUUUGGGCUGAGCCAGAGCAUCAGCUCUCUGUUCGCCGGCAAGGAAACCGCCGCCUCCGCCGCCGGAACAGAGAGGAGCGGAGGAAGGCAGAGGAGGCACAGGCCGACGCGCUCCGUGGGGAGCGUGAGCAUGGACUCCGCCAUGUCGGUGCCUGUGGGAGCUGUCGCAAGGAGGAGCUUCGUCAAGUAGUUUGGCUUGCUGGGUUAACAAUUGUAACGCACUAAUUUCCCAACGUUCGUAUUUCUUGCAAGGAGUGGGCUUCGUAUGUUUGACGACUGUUGCAAAUCAGACGUGUUGGAUUGUUGGAUGGUUCAUUACUAGCACUUGUAAAUUUAAAUUUUGAUGAGACUCAGCUGGUCAUUCCAAUGUUCAA